AUGGCGGGGGCCGCCGUGGCUCGGCUAGGACUGCGGGCAGUCAAGGAGGUUCGGGUUCAGUUCUGCCCCUUCGAGAACAACGUGGAAUCUACGAGGACCUUCCUCCAGGCGGUGAGCCGCGACAGGGUCCGCGCCACCAACUUGAAAUGCUCGGUGACUGUGGACGUGCGGCACGACGGCUCCGAACCCCGCGUGGAUGUGCUCUUCGGAGACGGGCAUCGCCUGGUCAUGCGCGGCGCCCACCUCACCGCCCAGGAGAUGCUCAUGGCCUUCGCCUCCCACAUCCGGGCCCGCAGCGCAGCGGGGAGCGGGGACACCCCCGGCGCCGAUGGGGGCCGCUGA